AUGUCUCGUCUAAGGAGCAAAGUCCUGCCUGUUCUGGCGAUAACUUCCCUAUCCUCAUCAAAUAUCACGACAGCGCCCGACAUAUCCUGGACGCGAGUCGGUUCCGGAAAAGACCACCUCCUCUCAGAGCUCGAGAGUCUGUACUGGGAUGGUGUCAAAGCCGAGCUUGAGAACAUUGUCCGCACUCUCAAAGCAUGGCAGCAGCCAGAGUAUGCCGAUGUAUCUAUAGAAGAUGAAGAUGAUGAUCUCGUCCAUGGCUUCGAUACUUUUCUCGACCAAGUUAGCCAGGAGAGCCGCGCACAUGCUAUUCGAUACGGGAAAAUGAAAGAGGAGCAGUCCAAGCAUAGACGGAAUCUCUGGACUUCAAGCAGAUCAUACGGCCAAAAAGAGGCUAGAGAUGCUCUCAUAGAUAGCAUAUCUGAUCGGGUAGCGCAACAAGCCAGUGACAAAAUCAAGGCUGAAGUGAGAGAGUCAAUCGAUACCAUCACUAAGCUCAAGGGAGUAGAGCAUAGAGCAUGGAUGCUUCUUCAAGCUGCUGGUUUUCUAGAUAUAGAAAAAUUGAUUGAGCAUCGUCCUCCCCCUGAUAAGUUCGGAUUUUGGAAGAGGCCAGCCAUUCCUCAGCUUGCAUUAGCUGAGGUCAACACCGAUGGAACUCCCAGUUUCGAGCCCCUUUGCUGCAUGCGGAAACAAUGCAAGAAGAUCGUAAGAGGAAGUAUGUUCGUCCUUGACAAUUCAGGUACAGAUCCUGGCAUUAUCUGCGAAGAAUGCUACCGGGCCCAUUACUACGGCCAUGAAGCAUACACAAAGGCAUACAAACACUGCAUCCUGACAGAGUCAGUCACGCCUGAGAUGAGCAGAAAGAUCUGCCAAUGUGUCAGGCCGCGUCAGAAGGACUCAUUGAACGAACUUCCAUCCUUGUUCCCCAUCGAGCAUGUAGAGGAUCACGGCAAUUGGCCGGAUUGGCAGUCACGUUUCGUUGGCGCGGAGGGGAAGUGCAAGCUUCUUCAGCUUGGCGAUACGAUUGCUCUGGCGAAAUACAACGGACUGCAGAGUAGUGUUGGGAUAAAGCAGAGGUCUCAGAAGGAGACUGAAAAGGUUGCGAAGAAGGCAAAGGCGGACGAGGUAAAAGUCAAGAUCAGGUCGAUCUACGACCCCAAACCUGUGGACCCAAAAUCUACCAGCGACUUCGAAGACGACGAAGAUCCCAUGAGUAAGUAUGAGUCUCGAGAUCGAAAUGGACGUCUCAAGGGAAUGAAGACGGUUCAGCAGAAAAGCUUGACAGGGAAUGACCGAAGACCUGCUUCUAGCGAUGUCAGCGUGGCAGAAGAGGCCGCAGCCGACAGCGAUAUACCUCUGUUCUUCAGGAACUCUGUAGAGAAGUAUCCAUAUGGAAAUGUCCACAUGGCACUCCGAGUUGGUCCCAUUGUCAUUGAAAACGGAGUCUCGCAUACCAAGGGCGGCGCUCUUAUCUCUAUUAGAGAAACUCCCGUAUUUCACGAGCGUUUUCAUCUUCAGACGAUGCCUGAGCGAGACUUGGCCGUCGGAGGAGGCUCUGAUCGUCUACUGUGGCAACGCAAGCGACCAGCGAAGAGCCCAAAGAGAUACAAGGCCAUCAUGAAGCAAGUCGUUGGCGUACCAUUUGGCGGAAACGACAUUCUCCCUCGCGAUCAGGAACUUGAGGUCGUUCAUGGUCUCUUAGCUGCUUGUAAGCAGCCAUUCGACGACCCUGGUUUACCUGCGUCUGACCAGCUCAAACUCCUCAACUCGGCACUCGAACCAGCAUUACAAAAGCUCAAGACACUUCUGGGCUCGCGGUUGAAAGUGUAUCUUAACAGCAUCACACAGCGUCUUUUAGAUAGCAAGGUGAGGCUUGCCUGGAGUGCAACACAUAACAACUGUCAGACAUUCUGCAGCUCCCUCAUCAACAAGAAGAUCUUCGAGCCUCUUGUCAACGGAGAAGUUCCUGAGUCGAGUAGAGACGCAUAUCCUCUUUACACAAUGAGCUUUGUAUGUCCAGACGAGGGUUACAAAAGACGAGGUGUACGAACCAAGUUUGAUGUUCCGUUUGGACUCACAGAGGAAUAUCUGCUCCGCUUCCACUUUGGUCGCCACGACGAGGCUGAUAUUAUAGAUACGUAUCAGGAGUACUGGUACGAUUGGGGUGCCUUUGGAAGCACGCUCUACAAAUAUCAAGACUUGUAUCCUUGGGACUGCACGGAAGCAUAUGGGAGAUAUCCAACCAAGUGCGGCGAGUGCAACCUCGCCAAGCACGUUUGGGCAUUCCCCUUUGACUCGUGGUCUAUAUCCUCACAUCACUUAUCACGAGAUCGUCACAUGUACGCACCAGCACUGACAGAUCAGAGCUUGACAGCUGUUGGCCAACAUGCCACCGCAAGCUCGUGGAUGCGGAACCGACUUACCGUCCUCUCAGCCACAACCGUUCUUCACCGGGCUGCAACAGCCAUGGCUAACUCGCUCAAGUUCCAAAAGGCCACUGCAUGGCUACACAAGGGCUCCUCAAACACCAUUCUCGACCCGUCAUUAGCAAGAGUCAAACUCGGUGGCAUCCAUCGUGCCCAACCUUGCAGUCACUACUUCGAAGCGGGAGUAUACAGCCACUACUUCAUUGCACCAUGGGCAGUCCUCACGCGGCCCAGGCAGAUCGAAGCCUACGAGGUUCAGCGAGACGGCCGUGCUAACCUGCCCGACAUUCCCCGCGCCAUUCGCAAAGCCCGCUUCGAAGGCUUUACAAGAUGGGGCGAGUUCAACUUUCUCGACUUCGCCGGCCAACCCACCUUCAUGGACUUCGACCCGGCAAUCAAUACGCCUGAUCACUACCAUGUAGGCAUGGGCCAUGUAGACGGCUGCUCCAGCGAUUCCCACUUCAGUCCUACUAGCGAGACGCCCUGCCAUACAUGCGCGAGCGGGUGCGGGAAUUCGACGCGCGACGCUGCGAACUGUGCGAGUGCAGAGGCUGUCAGGACGGCCGAGAUGGCUACUGCAGCGGCGGCUGCGGCACUUGCUAGUGCUUCAUAUUCGAGUUGUGGAGGGGGUGGUUCUAGCUGCGGAGGAGGCUCGAGUUGUGGAGGAGGAGGCGGUUGUGGUGGUGGUGGUUGUGGUGGCGGUGGUGGUGAUUAG